AAACGAACCCUUGAGCCCGGGUGCCGACACGGUUACACAGACAGUACCUGAUAACCGGGGGCCGGAGCGGCGGACGGACGGACAGUCGCCAUGCAGAGUCGACUGCGCUGGCCGCGUCGUCGCUGACUGGCCGCCGAGGCCGGCGCUGACGACCUUUAUGGAUCCGGCCCCCCGGGGGAGAGGGGCCAUAGAUGAUCGGGCUUUAUCGGCCGAUAGCCAGGGUUCCCCGGCGGGGGCGCGCGCGCACACCACGGCUAUCGUUGAGGUGACUUUCAGCAGCUCGUCCAAGUCAGGGACGCCUCCUACAUCACGAGAAAACAUCGUCGACCCAGCUCUGCUUUGCUUUGCUUCUACAUCUGCAACACUGCUCUUGCUGCCCGGGGAGCUGAACCAGAGACGAGCCAUUGGACUGAAUCGACAUUACGGACUGAUUCUCUCUUCAUCGACGACGAUACGACGAAGACGACGACAUCGGCCGCUUGCCCCCCCGCAGGCGACCCCGCGCAACAUCAUGACCUUUACCGUCCUCACAGACGAGCAGGUCAACGCCGUCCUCGAGGGCCUCGACCUCAACGAGCUCGACGAGUUCCGCCAUGUCCUGGCCUCGGCACUCCACGAGUUCUCGACCAACACGCAGGCCGACGACGAUGGCGUCUACCAGCAGCCGCACCGCGUCACGACAUACCACCCGGGCACGCGGGCCACGACGCUCUACAUGCCGUCGUGCGGGCCCGAAGGCAUGGGCUGCAAGGUCGUGUCGCUGACCUCGUCGGCCGCCACCCGCGACCCCUCGGUCAAGCCCAUCAGCCCGACAGGCGUCGUCAACCUCUUCUCGCCCGACGGCAAGCCCCUCGGCCUCGUCCACGCCAGCACGCUCACGGCCUUCCGCACCGCCCUCAGCUCGGCCUGCCUGCUCACCCGCCGCAACCACGUCAAGACCAUCACCGUCUUCGGCAGCGGCAACCAGGCCUACUGGCACGUCCGCCUCGCCCUCAUGAUGCGCGGCAGCACCAUCAAGCACGUCAACGUCAUCAACCGCCGCUUCUCCGAGAGCGCCGCCGCCAUCCUCAAGCGUUUCACCGUCAUCCCCCAGGCCGUCAAGGAGCGCGAGGGCUGGUCCCACACCAAGUUCGGCAUCCUCACUCCCACCUUCCACGAGUACCAGCGCCUGCUCUGGGAGCAGGUCCGGAGCUCCGACGUCAUCUACUGCUGCACGCCCUCGCGCGAGGACCUCUUCGACGCCUCCAUCCUCACCUCCCGCGAGGCCCGCAUGAAGGGCCGCCUCAUCGUCGCCGUCGGCAGCUACACCCCGGAGAUGAGGGAGCUGCCCGAGGCUCUGCUCCUCCAGGCCACCAAGCACCACGACAAGCACGCGCGCCACUUCCACAAGCACGCCGAGGAGGCGGGCGUCAUCGUCGUCGACACGCUCGAGGGCGUCCUCAAGGAGGCGGGCGAGAUCAUCUCAGCCAAGAUUGGCCCGCACCAGCUGGUCGAACUCGGCGAGCUCGUCAUGCUGCACCGUCUCGCCGUCGAAGAGUCCGGGUCCGACACGACGGGUUCGCAGACGCCCGUCUCGGUCGCCGACGCCGAUUCGGUAGACAUUGGCGAAAGGACGCCGUCCAUGUCCACGGUGUACAGCAGCUCGUCGCGGCGGGGCGAGAGCCCUUCAGGGUCUCGGUCCCCGGGGCAUUCGCGCAAGCCGAGCUUCCCCCUGCCGUUCCGAUCGCAUUCAAACAGCUCGUCCGACACGACGGAGAAGAAGAAGGAGGACUCGCUGUCCCGCUGGCUGCGAGACGGGACCGUGGUGUACAAGAGCGUGGGCCUGGGGCUCAUGGACCUGGUCGUGGGCAUGCACCUCGUCCAGGUCGCACGCGAGAAGAAGGUGGGCACGCAUGUGGAGGGCUUUUAAUCACGGCGUCGAUGUCACAAUUGGAUAAUGCUUAGGAUACAAUACUAAUCAAAUCAGCUGGUCGUAUUGGUAUCAAUUCAUGACCGGCCGGCGACGUUGGGCCGGCAUUAUGCCACAAAGGAA